CGCUAUGAUAGGGUUUUGCGAUCGCCCGCCUGCUCCUCCUUAGCACCGGUUCUCUACCUCACACUCUCUUCUCCACGAACCUUCUCUUUAGUGGAUCCGCCAUGCCAAAGGUCCUCGGCACCGGCACCUUCGACUUCCGGCGUCACCGGGUGGCGGAAUACCCCGUCGAUCCUGGGAAAGAACCGGUGACAGAGAAUCUUGUCGAGAAACCUCCGGAGCAGCGCCCGAACGCGGGUGUCCCCAGCUCGAUUACCCUGCUCGAGAUCCAGCGAGACCGGCUCACCAAGAUAGCAGCGGCUAACUGGCUGAAGGCUGCUGGUGGGAGCGUCUCCUCGCGGGAGUUCGAUCCCGAGCUAGUGAAGGAGAUCUAUGAGACCGAGCUUCUGGUGUCCGGUGACGGCAGGAAGACUGUGCCGCUACAAAGGGUGAUGAUCCUAGAAGUGAGCCAGUACUUGGAAAACUAUCUCUGGCCCAACUUUGAUCCUGACACCUCAACGUUUGAGCACGUGAUGUCGAUGAUUUUAAUGGUUAAUGAAAAGUUCCGGGAGAAUGUUGCUGCAUGGAUUUGUUUUCAUGACCGGAAGAAUGCAUUUAGGGGUUUUUUACAAAGGGUUCUUCUGCUGAAGGAAGAGGGAAGAGCCUUAAAUAUAGCAGAGAAGACAAAUUACUUGCUGUUCAUGAUUAAUGCUUUUCAGAGUUUGGAGGAUGAAAUUGUCAGUGACAAUGUUCUCAAGUUAGUGAGCUUGCAGUUGUGGCAUAAAUUGUCUUUUGGUAGAUUUCAGAUGGAAUUAUGCCUUAAUCCUCACUUAAUCAAAAAGUGGAAACGAAUGACCAAGAAAGAAGCAAAAGAAGCCAAAAAAGGAGGGCAACCAGUUGAUCCAUCAAACAGGCUUGAAGUGCGAUUUCUCAAAAACCUAAUUGAAGAAUUCUUGGAGAUUCUUGAUUCAAAGGUCAUUCAUCAAAAUCAGAGUGGUCAUGAAGAAACUGAGCUUAGUGGUUCACACGACAAUCUGUUUGAUGAUUUGUCUGUUUUAUACUGCGAGAGAUUUAUGGAAUUCUUGAUUGAUCUUUUGAGUCAACUUCCAACUAGGAGGUUUUUGAAGUCAAUUGUUGCUGAUUCUGCUGUUGUUUCCAAAUGCCACUUAAGUGCACUAUACGCCCAUGAAAAGGGACGACUUUUUGCUCAGUUGGUCGACUUGCUACAGUUUUAUGAAUGCUUUGAAAUUGACGAUCAUGUCGGGACACAACUCAGUGAUGAUGAUAUAUUGCUUGCUCACUACUCACAUUUGCAAGCUUUUCAACUAUUGGCAUUCAAACAGAUCCCUAAGCUUCGAGACCUUGCACUUUGCAACAUUGGGGCAAUUCAGAAGCGUUCUGAUCUUAAAAAGAAGCUAUCAGUCUUAUCUGAUGAGGAACUGAAAGACUUGGUUUGUGAUAAGCUCAAGUUGGUUUCAAGAGAUGAUCUAUGGAGUAAUAGGGCUGAUUUCCUCAUUGAGGUUGUUAUUUCUUGUUUUGAGAAGCGUCAGUCACAGAGGGAGGCCAUAAACACACUUCCUCUCUACCCAAAUGAGCAAAUAAUGUGGGAUGAGAGUCUUGUUCCAAGUAUCAAUUAUUCAGGAGAGGGAUGCUUAGCUCUCCCUAAGCUUAACCUGCAGUUUCUGACGCUACAUGACUAUUUACUAAGAAACUUCAAUCUUUUUCGAUUAGAAUCUACAUAUGAAAUACGAGAGGAUAUUCAAGAAGCUGUUCCUCAUCUUCUAGCUUACAUUAACAGAGAGGGCGAAACUGCAUUUGGUGGCUGGUCAAGAAUGGCUGUUCCAAUCAAGCAGUUCAAAAUCACAGAAGUUAAACAACCUAACAUUGGGGAAGUCAAACCAGCUUCUGUUACUGCUGAAGUGACUUAUAGCAUUGCAAGUUAUAGAGCACAUAUCAGAUCAGAAUGGGAUUCUCUUAAAGAACAUGAUGUCUUGUUUUUACUGUCAAUUAGGCCCUCUUUUGAACCUCUUAGUCCAGAGGAAGCCGCCAAGUCAUCUGUCCCACAGAGGCUUGGCCUUCAAUAUGUACGUGGAUGUGAAAUAACUGAAAUCCAUGAUGAAGAAGGUGUUCUUAUGAAUGAUUUCACUGGUAGAAUUAAAAGAGAUGAAUGGAAGCCACCUAAGGGUGAUCUUCGUACAGUGACAAUUGCUCUGGACACAGCACAGUAUCACAUGGAUGUUACAGAUAUUGCUGAAAAAGGUGCAGAAGAUGUAUAUGGAACAUUUAACAUUUUGAUGCGGAGGAAGCCUAAAGAAAAUAAUUUCAAAGCAAUUUUGGACUCCAUAAGAGACCUUAUGAAUGAGUCUUGCAUAGUUCCUGAUUGGUUGCAUAACAUCUUUUUGGGUUAUGGUAAUCCUUCUUCUGCACAAUGGCAUAACAUGCCUGAUCUUUUGGACGUAGUAGAUUUUAAAGACACUUUUCUUGAUGCCAACCAUUUGACAGAUAGCUUUCCAGAUUUUCAGGUUUGCUUUGUUCGGCCAGAUGGUUCAGAGGAUUUGCAUCCAAGACCUCCAUUUCGCAUUCGCCUUCCAAAAACAAUGAAGAGUGACUCUCGUGCACUUCUAGGGAAUGAGAAUACCGACAAUAAUAAUCAAAAUGACCAUGAGAUGACCACUAAUGGUGUCGAGAAGGAAAAGUUUUUUGCUGAGGCAUAUGUCCCUCCUGAUCCUGGGCCUUAUCCCCAAGAUCAGCCUAAGCAAAACUCAGUUAGGUUUACACCGACUCAGAUUGGAGCCAUUAUUUCUGGUAUCCAACCUGGGUUGACAAUGGUUGUUGGUCCACCUGGUACUGGGAAAACUGAUACUGCUGUACAAAUUCUAAAUGUUCUUUAUCAUAAUUGCCCUUCACAGCGAACUUUAAUUAUCACUCACUCCAAUCAAGCUCUAAAUGACCUGUUUGAGAAGAUAAUGGAGAGAGAUGUACCUGCCAGGUAUCUUCUUCGUUUGGGUCAAGGUGAACAAGAGUUGGCAACAGAUUUGGAUUUUAGUCGUCAAGGUCGUGUCAAUGCUAUGCUAGUGCGACGGCUAGAGCUUCUAAGUGAAGUUGAGAGACUUGCAAGAUCCCUUAAGCUUCCCGAAGAUGUAGGGUACACUUGUGAAACUGCUGGAUAUUUCUGGUUGCUUCAUGUUUACUCGCGCUGGGAGCAGUUUUUAGCUUCUUGUUCUCAGAAUCAAGAUAAACCAUCUUUUGUGAAAGACCGCUUUCCAUUUACAGAAUUCUUCUCCAAUAGUCCCCAGCCUGUUUUCACAGGUGAAUCAUUUGGGAAGGACAUGAGGGCCGCUAAAGGUUGCUUCCGUCAUCUAUCUACCAUGUUCCAGGAGCUUGAAGAGUGCAGGGCCUUUGAGUUGCUCAAAUCAACAGCUGAUCGAGCAAAUUAUCUGAUGACUAAGCAAGCUAAGAUUGUAGCUAUGACUUGUACUCAUGCAGCAUUGAAGAGGAAGGACUUCCUUCAGUUGGGUUUUAAAUAUGACAACUUGUUGAUGGAAGAAAGUGCACAAAUACUCGAGAUAGAGACCUUUAUUCCAAUGUUGCUUCAACGCCAGGAAGAUGGAUAUGCUCGGCUUAAACGCUGCAUUUUGAUUGGUGAUCAUCACCAACUACCUCCUGUUGUAAAAAAUAUGGCCUUUCAAAAGUAUAGUCACAUGGAUCAAAGUUUAUUCACUAGGUUUGUUCGUCUAGGCGUUCCUUACAUUGAGCUUAAUGCCCAAGGUAGAGCUCGCCCAAGUAUAGCCAAACUUUAUAAUUGGAGAUACAGAAAUCUUGGCGAUCUUCCUUAUGUACAUGAGGAAGUUAUGUUUCACAAAGCUAAUGCUGGAUUCUCUUUCGAAUAUCAACUAAUAGAUGUCCCUGAUUACCAUGGGAAAGGUGAAACUGCUCCUUCUCCAUGGUUUUAUCAGAAUGAAGGCGAGGCUGAGUAUAUUGUAAGUGUUUAUAUAUACAUGCGACUUCUAGGAUACCCGGCCAGCAAAAUUUCUAUUUUGACAACAUACAAUGGUCAAAAGCUUCUGAUUCGGGAUGUUAUCAAUAGGAGAUGCAUGACAUCUGGAAUUGGAGCACCGAGCAAGGUGAUGACAGUUGACAAAUUCCAGGGUCAACAAAAUGAUUUUAUUUUGUUGUCUCUUGUACGCACUCGAUUUGUUGGCCAUCUACGUGAUGUUAGGAGAUUAGUCGUUGCAAUGUCACGUGCGCGUUUGGGGCUUUAUAUUUUCUGCCGGCGCUCUCUCUUUGAACAAUGCUAUGAAUUACAGCCAACUUUUCAACUUCUACUUCAGAGGCCUGAUAAGUUGGCUCUAAAUCUUGACGAGACCAGUCCCUUUACUGAUCGUCUAGUUGGAGAAGGAGGUACAAUUCACUUCAUUGGUGAUACCCAGGAGAUGGAUAACUUAGUUAACUUUAGGAUGCAUCAACUUUACCAGGCGCAGCUGAUGAGCCACUACACGCCUCACCAGGAAAUGCAGGACAAUGAAAAUGGACUUGAGGAUCCAAGCUCCAAGAGCCAUUCUGAGGACACUGAUAUGUAUACUGGGCCUCAGGAACCAACCUCUGAGAACCAUUCUAACGACACUAAUUUGCCUCUUGUUAAUGGAGAUGCGGACGGCGAAACACUUGAAAGUGAUAAGAAAGAUGAAGAUGGCAUGUCGUGAAUCACCAAAGUUAAUCCAUCUGCGUUGACUGUAUGCAACUUAUCUCACAGGUUAAACUUCAGCCCCUGCAGUAAGCCAAUAUGGAUCUGUUGCCUGAUGUGAAGAGCUGACUGACUCUUGAUGAAACACAAGAUAUUGAAAAUUUUCUUUCUGGUGAUUUGAUGAGUAAUGCCGAACACAAUUGGUCAAAGGGUGCAGAAUAUUUUAGAAAUCGGAUAGUGUAUUCUUGUAGAAACAACAGGGCGAUUGUACAGGAUGACACCGAGAUGGUAUAUUAGUUCAUCCUUGGUAGGCAUUCAUCUAACUUAUUUACAGAGUUCUAGUAUAUCUUCUCUGUUUCAAAUUCCAUGUACAUCAGGUGAGGUAGUAUCCAUUUUUCGGGCAGCCUUGUUCAUUGGUUUCGAUGGAAUUUGAAAAGAAUUUAAAAAUUUGCAAUAUCAUUCCGUUUAUGAUGUGAUUAAGUAA